AUGAAGCUGUCGGUCCCGCGACUUGCGGCCCGCCGCGGAGCAUCUUUAAACUCCGCAAGCCAAUACAUACCUUCGCGCGACCUGUUGUCACUUCAAACUCAAUCUGCGCGGCCAUAUCACCAGCGUAAUCUACCAUGCUCUCGACGAAAUAUCACCAAUGCUACGGCUUCCAAGGCCCACGAAGCUCAAUCAACACCGACAAAUGAAGCAGCACAAUCAUCAAAAAGAAAUACAUCACCUAAAACCUCCUCCGCCCCCUCUAUAUCGGAACACGUGCGCCUUCUCAUGCGCCGAGUCCCCUACCCCGUCGCCAUAAUCACAGCGACAGAUCCCAGCGGCGCCUCAGAUACAUCGUCGUUCCGUGGCAUGACAGUGUCCUCUUUCAGCACAGUCACCCUUACACCGAACCCGGUCAUCUCGUUCAAUGUGCGCAGACCAUCCGAGACAUUAAACGCUCUUCUCACCUCACAACGAUUCCUGGUUCAUUUACUUGCUCCGGGAUCCGCAACUGCUACACUCGCGCGGGAUUUCUCAAAGGGCAAUACUACACUUGCCAGUAUUUUGAAUGGGCACGGGGAUUUCGAAUUCAGCUCGUUGCCCGUUUGUCCAGGGGGGCAGGGCUUGGUAUCUGAGAGACCUCUUCCUAUUUUAAGGAGGAGGGGUGGCUCAAAUGAAUUAAUGAAAGAUGGAAGAAAUGCUGAUUUUCCUUUCGUACUUGAAUGUACACUCCACCCGCAGAAGAUUGAUGUGCAGGACCACUCGAUUGUGCUGGGGACUGUUGUUCGUGCGAUUGAGGCCGAAGACAUCGCACUUUCAGAGCGGAAAUGCGCGCAAGAAAGUGGGGAUGAGCAUUCGGCCGAUCAUUUAUGUCUGUCCUAUGCUAACACUAAGUUUUGGAAGAUGGGUACUGAGAUUUGA